AAGAAGAAGAAGAAGAAGAAGAAACGGAUCUAAAAGUGUUUAUAUAAAUAAUGUUUGAGUUGCUUGUGCAAGUAUUUCUUUGAGACACCUUUAAAUUAUUGUUUAUGUUACUUGUACAUUAUUCUUAUCAGCAAUGCCAAAUCGUGAUAAUAGUGCUGAUAAACAUGUUAAGGGAAAGAGUAGUAGCAGUCACAGGACUUUGAAUGCAGAAAAUGAACCGGAGCCAGUACAUAAACCACUACAUCGUCAUAGACGGGUACAUAAAGUAAAACAUCACUCGAGGAAUAAUGAUGCUCACGGAGAAUUGAUCGGUAGGAAUGGAAACGGCGACAGUGCUGUAUCAUCUAAGAAAAAUAACAAACAACGCUGCAUUCAAAAGGAAAUUGAUAAAUUGGUUGAAGAAAGUCAGAUAUUAACGAUGAGGCUCGAGGGCUCCAAUAUAGACUCUAAAACUCUUGCGGAACUAAAAGAGAAGGACUUCUUGAUGUCAAGAAUCUGCAACAAGUAUCAUAAAUUAUUGAAAGAUCGCGAGGAACUUCAACAAGAGUGUGAUAAGUUGAAUGCUCUGUUGGCAGAACAUGAAGUAGAAUACCGUCAAUUGCAUGUACAUCACAAGGAAUUUAUAGAAGCCCUGCAAAAAGCGGAGAAAACAAAGGUCAAUCUUUUAACAUUUAAUGAAAGAUUCAAGGCCGAAAACGUUCAGUUAAAUGAGGAUGUACUGCUUCUUAAAAACGUAAUAUAUCGAUUAAAUGCGGAAUUAGGAAGAUAUCAAGAUAAAAUGAGAGAACUUGGGCAGAGUAUCGCAAUGAAAAAUAUUAAUGAUACAUUAGAUUCCAAGGCGCAAACCAACGACAUUAAAAAGAUAUUAGAGUCAUGGGGCUCUGUGAAUACUCAUGUAUUGGGCCCGCUUUUAGAUGCUUAUCAAGAGAGCCUGUCGGAGAAACAGGAGCUUAUAAACAAGUAUGAGGAGGACAUGGCAAAUUUCAGCGCUAGAUGUAAAGAGAUUAUCGCGGAGAACGAAACUAUGCAAAGCGAAAUGGAGAAGCUCAGAUCGAAGUGUACCAGGUAUACGGACGAAAUCAAGAUGAUCUCCGAGGACGCUGAUCUGCUUAAGGAAUUGAACGAAUGUUACGCGAAGCAAACUGCUCACCAGAAGCAAAAGAUUCACGAGAUCCAUUCUCUGUAUGAACAAAAGGUGGAGGUGAUGUCGUUUGACAAUAACAGACUUCAUGAGGAAUGUCUUGCUUUCAACACCGAGUUAAGUAAUCUCCAAGGGAAGUACCAUGUUCUUCAGAAAGAGUACGAGAAGCUGCAAAGUGACAAUAGAAAAACGAUGCCUAUCGGUAUUCACAAUGCUGCCGUCGAAGAAUGCAAAGAAUUGUUUGAGAAACUGAAACAUCAAUACGAGACUGAGAAGGAUAAGCAAUCCGCUCGUAUUAAAGAAUUGGAGGAAGCACAUUGCCAGAAUAAAACGCAACUGGACGUAGUUACGAUCGAGAGAAAUCAAUUGAAAGCGUCGAAUAAAAAUUUGGAGAAAAAUUUGAGACGAGUGCAACGGAAACUAGAGCAUUUCCAGAAGAUCGCGCAUUCUGUGCAGGUAUCCCGUGAUUCUUUCAAGAAACAAUUAAGGAAGACCGCUAUGUAUUGCGAGGAAUUGUUUAGCGAAUACGAGAGGACACUCUCUGAGCGGGAUAAGUUGGUUUCUCUUUUGCACGAGACGGAAAACGAAAAUGCGAGCAUUCAUUUUCUCGGCGACACCAUCACUCAACGAGUGGGUGAUUUGAAGAAGCAACUGAAGGUCGUGCACGAAGGUGCCAAGCAACAAUUAGAGAUGACUGAGAAAAGUAUGAAAGUACAGCAGCUCGGAGUGCACCGGAUGAAAGACGAAUAUCAUCGAGAACUUCAACGUCUCAAGCAUUUGGUGAGGAAGAAGGAGGAAGUGAUCGGGCGAUUGCAGAAGGAGAUUAGCGCCACUCGCGAGAAUUUAGAACUUAUUUGGAAGGCAACUGCUACGGAUCAGAAGAAAGUUAAGGGAGCGUUGAAAAAUGCGAAGAUUCAGUAUGUCUGAAAUUGGGACAAAUCAUUUAUGACAAAAAAGUAAAAUAGAUAAUGAUUCCCUUUCAAUGUAAAAAAAAAAGAAAAGACAGAAAAAUACGAAAAAAACAAAAACAACAUGCAAUGAGUAUCAUUGUAAAGGAACAAUAUUUAUUUAUUUGACCCAAGUAUAAAAGAGACAAAACUGAUCAACUGAACUGAAUUAUUCAACCUUGUUAAACCUAAAUGAAAGAGAGCCAGUCGGAGUAUUGUAUGUAACUCUUGUAAUUUGUUACAUAUGUCAUUACAUUGCGAUACAUUGCGAUACAGUUGUAUCGUUUCCUCUUUAUUCAAUAAACGGAAAUAAAAGAUAAUCUUCAAGUAUCAAGGCUACGAUUGGUCAAUUUGUCAUUACACGACGGAUCAAAAGCGGCGUCGUCGGUACUCGUCAUCGCUCGAUCGAUCAUGUCGAGAUAAUGUAUUCAACACGAUAAUGACAUUCCGCGUGGCGAAUAUGCUCGCGCAAGUUUGCUCAUACAAUGAUUGGCGGGAACAACAGAUUUAUCGCCUGUAUCUAGCCGCCUUUAUUUAGUGGUGACAUCAACCGCGGCAAAAGGUUUCGAAGGUUACCAUUCGUGACAGAGAGUUAACAUCAGGGAUCACAGGCUACGACGUGAAAAAGAACGUUCUCGCAGGAUAUAGGAAUGAUCUCACAUUCCAUUAAUAUUACAUGCAAAGUGCG